AACAUCUGCUGCUGCCGAAGCUACUUCCGCCUUGAGCCCCGGUGCAUUCUGGGACUCGCUGUCUUCACAGCUUUGUAAUUAACCUUCUUUUUUCGCCAACACGGCACAAAAGGUGACUGCGCUCGUGUAACACCGACGAAGAGGUGACAACACACACAGCCAAAGACGAUUGUUGUCGGUGCAGGUCGGUUAAAGUGUAUAAAUAGCACGCACGUGAGUGUGCGCGGACUCCAAAGACCGUCGGCGCCCUCGGGACGGAGGCAUCACGAACGUCAACACAAGUCCAGGAACAUGAAAAGAUCGGGUGACAGUGAGGGGGAGAAGAGAAGAAAGAAGAGGAAGCUACUGCUGGAGUUGGGAAACCAAAAGAUUCCCUUUCUCGGACCUUCUGAUCAGGGCUUCCAGAAACUGUGGGACUCCAGUUACCCCGGUCUGGUUUUGAGAAGAUCCUGCUCUCUUCCCACUGAGCUUCACUGCCGGGUCCAGGCCGCUCUGCUCACCAUGAGAAAGAAAGGCUGCCUCUUAAGGGAUCUAGUCCGCGUCCGAGACCGGGAAGUCUUCACUUCUGUGUCACGGGCCCUGCUUGGUGAACCGGGCCACACCUAUCGCUACUUGGACACCAGGCUCUUUGCCAUCCCUUGGCACAGCGAGGACACUGACAAUAAAGGACAGAACUGUUGCGACGCGGAUCUGAGGACGGCCUGCAGAGCCUUGUGGGAGCUAAACACCUUCUUCCGUUCGGACGUGAGUCAGCUAAAAGAAGGAGACAGGUUGGCGCAAUGUGUUAAGGCGAAGGCGACAGUUGAGGCUAAGGUGAGCGAGGAGGCUGAAACAGAGUCCAGAAAUAGUGACGAUUCCAAGAACAGCGAAGGAGGGGAGUCGGAGUCCAGGCAGAGCGAGGAAGGGGACACGGAGUCCAAGCACAGCGAAGAAUGGGACGUGGAGUCCAAACACAGCGAUGAAGGUUGCUCCGGGUCAAAAAGAGAAGGCGACUGGGAAACAGGGUCCAGAAACAGCAGCGAGGAGGCAGAAUCCUCACAAGGCCAAGAAGCAGGUGUGGAAGGAGCAUGUCCCACCUGGGCAACUAAAAGUGUAACACCAACAGAAGACCGAGUGGGUGUCCCUGUGGCUCACCUCAAGCACAGUCCGCCAGACUACCACACUGAGGACAAGGAGGGGCUGCAAGUGGGCUGCUCUGAGCCCAGUUCUCCGCUGGUACGCACCUCGUCCACCAAGUUCAACGUCUCUUUGCUCAACUACAUGGACCCGGCGUCCGUGAGCCAGCUCAAAGAAGAGCCCUACUACGGCAUGGGGAAGAUGGCCGUGGGGUGGCACCACGACGAAAACCUGAUCAGUCGUUCGCCCGUGGCCGUCUACAACUACAGCGUCAACGACUCCAAAGGCGAGAGCAGCGAAGGCGGCACGGGCGAGAAGCCGAGCUGGAGGAUCGGGCUGAAGGUAGCCUGGGACAUCCACACACCUGGCCUGACGCUGCCCCUGGAGUCUGGAGACUGCUAUUAUAUGAGAGAUGACCUGAAUAACACCCACCAGCACUGCGUCCUGGCAGGAGACGCCCCACGCUUUAGCUGCACCCACAGAGUAGCCGAGUGUUCCACUGGGACUCUGACCUACAUCCAGUCUCGGUGCGUAGAGGCCCUUUCCAACCUGCACACGUACCCUGAGAGCGGCUCCCACAGCCUGGUGACCUUGCGGCCAGCCACCCUGCAAAACUGUGAGGAGAUUCACAAUGAGGUGGAGUUCGAGUGGCUGCGACAGUACUGGUUUCAGGGCCAGCGCUACACCCGCUUCUGCAGCUGGUGGAGCAAACCCAUGGAGGAUCUGGAGAAGGAGUGGAAGCUCAUGGAGACCAUGACCAUGCUGUUUUUGGCUAAAGUGGAGGAGGAGGGACAAGCCGGGGAGAGCAGGCGAGACAUGGCAGAGACUCUUCUGACUGCUUUGAUUGACAGACACCAGCAAAGACAGACAUGGAGAGACAGGUGCCACUCCAGCCUGGCCCAGACCUUGCCCCCCGAGGAGGCCCCGGUCGAUCGGCCCUUCUGGGGCGUGGACGACCCCGGCAUGCCGCUGCCCUUUGACCUGGCCGACAUCAUCAACAGAGUGGAGUCGCUGCUGUGGAGGUGCGACUUGUACUCCGAAAAUUACGGAUGUAAAGCAGCCAUGUAAGGACAUCAAAAAAAAAAAAAACACACCAGCUUUUUCCGAGCGAGCCCAACGAGAGCUGAUUGCAGAUGACAAAUCCAAGAAGAAUUUUGGAUGGGUUCAUGUCCAUCCACGACAGAUUGACCUACGUGGGGCCCCCGAAAGGGCCCCUGGUAUAACGCCCCCGAAUAGCGCUUUCGUGACAUGCUAACAACGCCAGCUCAGCAUCAAGCUACCAGUGUAACCACAUUUCAAUGUGUAGCUAUUUAUUAUUGUUAUGAUUUGAUAGCAGCACUUAAUCUCAUAUAACCUGGCUGUCGUCAGCUUGUCAGUAUUCACAUGAAAGGCUUCUAAUAAGUCGUCACAGUGGUGUUGUUACGGGAAAACCGAAGGUUGAUAUUAUUUGUCUUGACCCCAGACCGACCAAAGAAAGAAUCCACUGAGGGAGUUGGGACCGCCGAAAACUGCGUUCUGAAACCGUGAGUCAGACCAAUGAAGGAGUGAGAGCGGCUUCCGAAAAAAGCUCAUGUUCUAGUCAGCGUUCUAGCCGUCACAACUUGGCUAAACUUGUUCUCAUUAAUCUCUAAUGGUUUUGGAUGGCAUCUGUCUGAUCUACUAUUUAUUUUGGAAUAGGAUCAAACACAAGUCAGCCAUAGAAGCUGGAGAAGGCAAAUUACGUGUGUGAGUUCUAGUCGGCGCUCUAUCACCUGUACUUGUCAACUCCAAUGAUUUUGAAUCCCAUCUUUACGAUUGGAUAAGAACCUGAUGCUCUCUUCCUCCAUGUUUGAUUUUUUGAUAGAUCAUGAUAACAUAGAGAUGUUGUUUCUAUUUAAAACAACCCUGAUUGCACUCCUUUUUUUGUUGUGUUCUUUUUUUGAAGUUUUUGUUGUUGUUCCUGACGCCAAACAGUUCUUCUUCUUCCGCUGUUGAUGUCAAAGUUUUUUUUUUUUUCCCGCACUCUGUGUGCUUUAUACCUUCCUUGCCACAGCUUUGUGCGUCUGACGCGGUAAGACUGGUAGAAAAUGCAAUUAAAAGUGUUCUAUCCCUGCA